AAUUAUUAUUAAAAAACGAAAAGAGAAGAAACGAACUGUAAAAUAAUGGACAGAUACAGGGGAGACCGGUACGGUGACUACUCUACGACAUCAUAUGGGCCCAGCUACGACAACCGCCAUCACUUCUACGACGGCGACGACCGCCCCUACCACCACCACGACCGUCAUUACUACAACCGCUACCAUGACGCGGACCAUCUACACCCCAACUUUAACGGCGAGGAAAAUUAUCUAACUUCCAGUCACCAUGACAGCAAUUUGCCUCUCUCGGGGCAUAAGAGGCCAAUUUCUCAAUCCGACUUUGUUGAUUUUGUGAAGCUAUUCGUUGGAGGAGUUCCAAGAACAAUCACCGAACAAGAUAUUCGCUCCAUUUUUGGAGAAUAUGGACAUAUUGUUGAGGUUAUUCUUCUCAGGGACAAAUGGACUGGUGUACAGCAAGGUAACUAUCAACGUUCACUACAAUGA